UGCAAGAGGAGGAGGAAGAGAAAGGAGGAGCGAGCAGAGCAGCUGAGCCUUUCUGCUUUCAGUCUCCCGUCAGCGAGUGCCAGAGCAGUUUCCUUUGCUGUGCUUCUCUGAAAACACACACGCACCACAACACUCUUCAUCGCUGGUUGGGGGAGAGCGCUGUAUCCUUUCCUCUCAGCCUGGAUCAUGCUGCCCUGGAAAAGGAGCAAGUUUGUGCUGGUGGAGAAUGAGUCCAAAAGCAAGCCGAAAAGUCUUGGAGCCGGACUGACUUAUCAUUCCCUGCUUUCGACUUUGCUCCACUCCUGUCCGGACCUCGUUCCCGACUGCCCGUUUCACUGGCUGGGAAGCGUUUUCCACAGCAAACGCCAGAAAGUGGAGCUCAACAAAGAGGAACCCACUUACAACGUGCGUUACCUGGGUAGCGCGGUGACCAUCAUGGCCAAGGGCGAAGAUUGCACGCAGGAGGCGGUGGCUAAGAUCUGGACUCGCAGCAACUACGGCGAACAGAGCGCCAAGAUGAAGCUCUCAAUCGGGCCGCACGGCAUCCGCAUGGGGGUGGAUAAAGGUGGCAAAAAGAAGCCCACCCACCUCUAUUCCCUCAACCGUAUUACAUACUGCACCGCUGACCCCUUCCGGCCAAAGAUCUUUGCGUGGGUUUACAGGCAUCAGGUGAAGAAUAAAGCGGUGGUACUAAGGUGCCACGCCGUCCUGUUGGCAAAGGCGGAAAAGGCCCGAGCUUUAGCUCUCAGUUUGUACCAAAACUCAACGUCUGCGUUUACGGAGUUCAAGCGACUAAAGCGGCAAUCUGACUUCCGCCAUUGCCAGCAACAGCUCUUGGGCGAAGACAUUGUGCCUCUUAUGCCUCUUCGGAGACUGCUGAACGGUCAGUGCCACUAUCAGCCACCUGCAGAAAAGCCUGGAAGUGCCACACGGCUGUCCUCGAUUACUGAGGAAGAGGAGGAGGAUGAGGAUGGGCCGAGGGUUGCCAGAUCCCCCAACAUGACAAACGCCAGCACUCCCAAUCCUCCUUCUCCUCCAGAGAAAGACUUGGGAAAGAUCGUAAAUAGACUGGAUGAGGUUUCGAUUACCAGCUGGGAUGAAGCACAGAUGACUAUCAGCACUCUGGUGUGAUGUCAGAUGGACACAGUUUAGUGUCCUCACCACUGAGCCUCUGUCCUGUCUCCUUUCCCGCCAAAACCCACUCUGUCUGGUACGUCCAUCGAUGCACCGUGAAACAGCCCUCCGAAACUUGGGAUAAGGACCGUUGGCAGCCACGAUGCCGAUAAGGAAGUGUUACACGAGCUGCAUGGAGAGGAAGAGCCAGAAGAAGCACAAUAUAAGGAAGACCGCAGGUACACCAAUCAUCUGGAAUUGGUUGAGAGCUUACACCGAAAAGCCUUUAUCUACCCCCGACAUCAAGCAAAGCUUAAACCGAACACCCAAAGACGAUAAAGCAUUCAUUUUGUACUCAUGGCACCGAAUGAUUUUGUGAGCAUGUGCCAAGUGUUUCAGACUGAUGGACUAUGAGAAGGAACCUUAAAAUGUGACUUCUUGUAUGACCAGAUGGUUCAUAACUGUCCCCCGAUGACCUCUUUCAACUGGCUCAGCUUCAGUGGGAUGCGGUUAAAGCCGGUUUAUUGGCAUUGGGAGCAGCACUAAUGAAUUAAACCAUAACUUAGGAAUCGAGCCAUUGACUUGACAUGUUUACUGCUACCAUUCGUCAUAGCUCUGGCUAAUGAGUAAUACAUAACAAGUGAAGGCAUCACCUGUGACGUUUGAGAUGAGCCUUUUAAAACGUUUAUAAAAGGUAUCUGUUUUACACUGUGAUUUGUCUGGGACCAAAUGGCAGCAAUGUAUCUUGUAUUUAUACAAAUUGUAAUUCAUUCUGAAUAUGUGCUGGUGUAAUGUGGUAGUCAUUUUUAUGCCGUUCACGUGAAGGUCAUAGCUCCCAUCUGUCAACUCUGGCAUGUGUUUUUGUAAUUUCAGCUCAUCGUAUUAAUCUUCUAGAAACUGAUUGAGGAAAAUGGCGAUUUUUCUACUACUUUCUUCUUUUUCUGCACAAUGAGACACUGUCAGUGUGAAAAAUUGCCAAAUGUUGUAUAAUAAAUUGUUUGCUUAUAUUAAUUAUGA